AUGGAGCCUACUACCAACCUCGAACAUUUUCUCCUCUGGAGCCAGGAUAUGAAUGCUGAGUUCCCUGAUCUCCAAUAUCCACUCGAACAGCAGGAAGACUUCUGCUGGAAUGAAUUCUUAGAUCAGUACAUUGAUCCAUUCCAGCUUGAGGCCGAGGCUGCUCCACCUGGCGAAGAGCCAGUCCCAACAGUGGAGAACCUGCCUGAGCUGACACGAGCUCCAACCCUUGAUGAGAGUGAUACAUGUGAGAUAAACCAAUCACUUGUCGACCUACAGAAUCGUGUUGAUGAUUUGGAAAACAUGAUCGCUCAAAAGGAGAGAACGAUCAAUGCCUUGGAGAGCUACGUCGAGCAGCUGCAGCCUUAUCUUUUACAGCUCUCCAACUCAGUACAGGAAAUGCAAAUGAAGGCUACGGCGUCCGACGAGCCGACGUCGAUCGCGAAACCACCGAACUCCUGCGAGGCUCGCCCCCGCGAAGUUUCGAUGCCGCCCACGAGACCGCCCACGGGGGGAGCCGCCCACGAGGGAGCCGCCUACGAGAAGACCACCCACGAGGGAGCCGCCCACGAGAAGGCCACCCACGAGGGAGCCGCCCACGAGAAGGCCACCCACGAGAAUAUACCCACGGAGGAUGCCUUUGUUGUACUGCCGGUGAUAGUAUAG